CCCAAUCCCUGACUCCUUCCCCAAGCAACACAAUGGAGUAUUCUGGAGGCCACGCCACUCUAUAAAUUCAUCAACCAUUGGGUGCACUACUGCAUCAAUUCUCCAUUUCCACGGCUAAAUCAAUUGUCGAAGAUGGGCAUGGUCUUUGGGAAGAUCUGCGUCGAAACACCGAAAUUCCAAGUGAUUCAAUCGUCGGCUGACUACGAAAUCCGAAAAUAUCCACCCACGGUGAUUGCGGAAGUCGCAUACGAUCCGUCCCAGUUCAGAGGGGACAAAGAUGGCGGCUUCACUCUCCUGGCCAAUUACAUCGGCGCCCUUGGCAAUCCCCAGAACACCAAGCCCGAGAAGAUCGAAAUGACGGCUCCUGUGGUGACCAAGUACGCGGAGAAGAUUGCAAUGACGGCUCCCGUUGUGACCAAGAGCGGUGAGGGAGGAGAAGGGAAGACGGUGACCAUGCAAUUUUUGUUGCCAUCGAAGUAUACAAAAGCGGAGGAGGCGCCGAGGCCAGUGGAUGAAAGAGUGGUGAUUAGGGAGGAGGGGGAGAGGAAAUAUGGGGUGGUGAAGUUUGGGGGAGUGGCAACGGAGAAGGUGGUGGGGGCGAAGGUGGAGAGCUUGAAGAAGAGCCUGGAGAGAGAUGGGUUUAAGGUGAUCGGGGAAUUCGUGUUGGCUAGGUACAACCCUCCUUGGACCUUGCCUGCUUUUAGAACUAAUGAGGUUAUGAUCCCAAUUGAGUGAGUUUCUGGAAUUGAAGUUCUGGCUGCAGUAAUUUAAUACCCUUGAAUCCUCUAUAUCACAUUUGUGUCUUGUAUUAAGCUUGUAUCGCCAAUCCUGCUCUCAAUGUUUUCAGUCAAAGUAUCUUAUUAUGCUCCACUUUC